AUGAUUAUUGAAAUAAAUAUUAAAGAUUUGCGACAAGAUAUGUUAACACUACAAGUGAUGCGUAUAAUGGAUGCGUUGUGGAAGAGUCGAGAUAUGGACUUUUGUUUGAGUGUGUAUGAGGUGUUGCCGAUGGGCAAAAAUUGUAGUGGUGUAACGAUGCUGGGCUUUGGGGAUGUGAUUGAUCUGUACAGAGGGCGUGAGUUAGAUUCGAUUGAUCUGUUCAGAGGG